CUCAGGGAGGGGAGAGAGGGAGGGAGGAAUGCCAGCAGGGUGAUUAUGGCACUAGUGGCACUACUAUGGAGGUGGUCAUUCCGGGGACAGCGACAUGAAUAUGAGCACGAGAUGCUUUUUAGUUUAUAAGACCGCAUCAAUACAGUUGGCCAGAAGUCUGCUGACGAAGGGGAGGCUGACAAGGCGGGCGAGAGUGGAUAGUGCAAGGCAGCUCCUGUGUCGCACCCUGGCCACCAUGGAAGGGCAGAAGCAGGACCAAGUUCAAGUGCCCACAGCUGGUAUCAUCAUUAUUGGCGAUGAAAUCUUGAAAGGCCAGACACAAGAUACUAAUACCUUCUUUAUGACCAAACACCUCCACAACUAUGGAGUCAAAGUGAAAAGGGUGUCUGUAAUUCCUGAUGAUGUGGACACCAUUGCUAAGGAAGUGGCUCAGUUCUCCGAGCGGUAUACGUAUGUCCUGACAUCAGGAGGCAUUGGACCAACACACGACGACAUCACCUUUGAAAGUGUGGCUGCUGCGUUUGGGGAAAAGGUGAAGCCGCACCCAACUUUAGUAGAAUUGAUAAGGGGCUACUUCAAGACUGAUGACCUAACCUCUCCGGCUAUGAAGAUGGCUCAUAUUCCUGAGUCUGCGGUGCUACACUUUGCAGAGGAGAAACCUCAAGGGACCAAGGCUCGCUAUCCCAUUGUUGCUGUGAAGAACGUUACUAUUUUCCCUGGUGUCCCGUAUCUUUUGGAGAAGGCCUUCACUUACAUGGGGAAGAAAUUGUUUCAUAAGCCUGGCCUGGGAUUCAUGAGCGACAUAGUGUAUGUGACGGCUGAUGAAGUGUCCAUUGCCUCAAUACUCAAUGAAACUGUGGCAAACUUUCCAUCAGUGUCUUUUGGCUCGUAUCCCAAAAUGUUUCACAGCUACUACAAGACUAAGAUCACCAUGGAGUCCCUCAGUUCCAGUGAUGUAACAACAGCUAAGGAACACUUACUGACUAAACUUCCAGAGGGGACACCAAUAGAGUACAAGGAAGACACAGUGACGUCUCCCUGGGAGCACAUAGACAAACUGCUGGAGACCACUCCAUCCCUUCAGGCACCUGUACAAGAAGCCACCAGCAUCAUCCAUCAGUGUAUGGAGAAGUACAGUUCAGAGGAAAUCUGCAUGUGUUAUAACGGUGGCAAAGACUGUCUGGCAGUGCUGCAUCUGACCUAUGCACUCAUGCGACAGAAGUAUCCAGACAUUAAGCUGCAGGCUGUGUACAUCACGGAGGACAAGGCUUUCCCUCAGGUCACAGAGUUUGUCCAGCAGUCAAUUAACAGAUAUGACUUGGACUGUGAGGUGCUGCCGGGGCCCAUGAAGUCUGCCCUGUUCAAGCUGCUGGAAAAGAGGCCCAAGAUCAAGGCUGUCAUUAUGGGCACUCGCCGCAGCGACCCUUACUCAGACACUCUGGGGUUUUUCACUCCCACGGACCAGGACUGGCCUCCCAUGAUGCGAGUUACUCCAAUUCUCAACUGGAAGUACAACAAUAUUUGGGACUUUGUGCGGGGUCUCUACCUGCCUUACUGUUCCUUGUAUGACUGGGGCUACACAUCUAUUGGGAGUCAGCACAACACCCUACCCAACCCCCUGCUAGUGACCAAGGACCGGGCUGGCCAAGUGAUGUACCUGCCAGCCCACCUGCUGCAGGAGCCGGACAUGGAGCGGCGGGGGAGGCUCUCCAGCAAACACUGACAGUGGCAGCAGUAAUGACAGUGACUUGGUUUAGUCAUUACAUAUCUCUGGCACUUUUUAAUCUAAUACAAAGAUGCAAUAUUCCUUGUUACUUAUGUUUCAUAUUAAGUACAAAUUCCCAGGGAAACAUUCUCAUCUGUAUUGUCAGCAGUAAUUAUGGUGAUGAAAAUAUACAUGUAAAUAAUAGAAAGGCAAUAUGCAAUAUUGUAAGAAAUGAAGUGUUUACUAGACAGAGGUGAAUGUAUGUAUGACUGUAUCCUUUCAUCCCUGUGCUCCUGUUGUUUAUUCUGGUUACAUUUUUAACGUGUGUCACAAUUUGGUCUCUGAAUGUUGCCUCACUCAGGCAGGAGGAAUGUACAGAACAUUUGUAGGGAAUUUGAUAAGUUUUAUGUUAAAAUAUAAAUCGCCAUUAGUAUAUAA